AUGAUCAUUCCAAUCGGUCGACCACUACCAUAUUACAAAUGCAGAGUUCAUGAUGAAUACGGCCAACCAACAAUGGUUGGGCAGCAAGGGGAACUUUUAGUUGGAGGUGUUGGCGUCUUUGCUGGUUAUCUUGGUCGUGAUGACUUGACGAUAGAAGCUUUAGUUGAAGUCGACGACCAAAUGUAUUACCGAACGGGCGAUCUGGUUCGGAUCGGCAUCAAUGGUCUUAUCUACUACAUCGGCCGGAAAGACUAUCAGGUGAAGUUGCAUGGACAACGAAUCGAAGCUGGUGAAAUUGAACGAUGUUUACUCGAUGCUCAUGUUACUGCCUGUGUCGUCGUUAAAUCAGAUGACGACCAUUUGGUGGCGUACGUGCAAGGAUCUGAUAACAGUGAAGAAUCCUUGAGGUCACAUUGUAGUUCUCGCCUACCUUCGUUCAUGAUUCCCUCGAUGUUUAUUGUUCUUGAUCAGCUACCUUUAAAUGCAAAUGGAAAAGUGGAUCGGAAGCGGCUUCCCACUCCUAACUUCUCUAUAGCUAAUGCAUCCACGGAAACAAGCUAUCAGGCUCCAUGCACUGAAAUGGAACAGCGUAUACAUGAUAUCUGGUGUCAAGUGUUACAAGCAGUUGCCAAGAAUAUUUCAACCACAGCAAGUUUCUUUAGUAUUGGUGGCCAUUCGUUACUCUUCAUUCAACUGUACCAUCAUUAUCAGUCAUUAUUUAGUUUUGAUAAUCAAAUGCUUGGCAUAGCACCUCUUCUUAAAAAAGCUACUAUAUCUGAACAUGCAAAAUUGCUUGAAACAAUCAAGUAUGUUAACGUGAAAUCCAAAGCAUGGGAGACACUUCAAAUCAGUGAAGGUAACAUGUUGUAUGUUUAG